UUUGCAAAACAAAUGGUUCUUUACUCAGCAACUCACAGUGGUUACUACUUCAUGUCAAUUGUGGCAAUUGUUGUAAGUGUUAUUAGUGCAGCGUACUACCUACGAAUUGUACGAGUUAUCCACUUCGACGCUGCUCCAGCAGACCAAGACCAAGAAACAGCAGUAACAACUACUGCUUCACUAACAAACGUGCAUAGCUUUGCUAUCGCAACAUUAACUCUGGCAAUUGCACUAUUCGUGUUCAAACCAUCAUUCAUUUUAAAUAGCACACAUCUUCUGGCUCUAUCACUAUUCAACGUAUAA